AUGUUCACUUACAGGAUCUCAGCUCUUUUGUUCAUUUUCGGCCUCCUUCUCGUCUCCCUCGUAGAUGCACGUCCCCUCCACCCCCACCGCCGUCGCUCUACUUGCCGCCCCAAGACCUCUGCCGUCGCACCAUCAUCUACCAUCGCCGUUGUCGCCGCCACCCCAUCAGCCGUCAAGGUUGUCGCCAAUGAUGAUGACGUGACCGAGAAGCCUUCCACAAACACCAAAGUGGACGCCCCCAAGGCUGCUCCUUCGGCAACCCCCGUGAAGUCGCAGCCCGCUGAUAAGACUGAGGACGAUGAAGACAACGACACGGUCUCCUCCAAAGCCCCCUCCUCAACCUCCUCAUCCGCAGCCCCAGCCAAGACUUCCGUCAAGUCUGAGCCAACUCCCGGCAAGGAACUUUCAUCCAACGCCCUGUUCCCCGUCUCCGGCUUCUCCAAGUCAUGGUCCACUUCUUCCUCUGCCCCCAACUCCCUCCCUCUUUCGGAUUCAACCCUCAGGCCCACGCGUCUCCUCUCCGCCCUCUCCCACGACUACGUCUCCGCUCCUGAUGGCAAGAAGGGAAUGCGCGCCAACUAUCCCAAGGGCUCUUACACCUUCACCCACAAGCCCCAAGGUGGCUUGUCCUUCUACGCUUUGGGUCCCCAGAACUUUGGACUUGAGAACGCAAAGGAGAUCACCUUGGGCUACCGAGUCUUCUUCCAGAAGGGCUUCGAUUGGGUCAAGGGUGGCAAGCUUCCUGGUAUUUACGGUGGUGAUUCAGAUGAUGAGGCCAUCAGCUGCUCCGGUGGCAGACGCUCUACCAAGUGCUUCUCCGCUCGUCUCAUGUGGCGCUCAGGCGGCCAGGGAGAGUUCUACACUUACCUCCCUCCGUACACCAUCCCUGAGUUCUCUGCCAACAAGAAGCAGUGCUCCGUUGCGCCCCAAAGCGACUGCAACCCGACCUACGGCGCGAGUGUUGGUCGCGGCGCAUUCCACUUCAAGGACGGAGGAUGGACCACCGUCAGCGAGCGCGUCAAGCUCAACGACGCGGGCAAGGCCAACGGCGAACUUGAACUCUUCGUUGAGGGCAAGAGCGUCAUUAGCGUUUCUGGUUUGAUGCUCAGGGACGGCAACGCUGGAAAAUUCCGUGGCAUUCAAAUGCAGACAUUCUUCGGAGGCUCCAGCACCGACUUCGCAUCUACUAAGGACCAAAGCGUGUGGUUCUCUGACUUCUCGAUGGCUAUUCUCGAAACCUUCUAA